CGAAGCCAGCGCUAAGUGACUUCGGCUAUGGCCGCUUUUCUGAACUUUCGCCCACUUCUUCCUUGAAGCACCAAGGAGCAAAUGAAGACUUUGACCUCAGUUUAAGAGACUCAGGUGGAGGCAUUACUUGCUCUUCUGAUUAUACUCCCUGACCAAAAUCGCCAUGCCUCGUGGCCAUAAAAGUAAACUCCGGGCCCGAGAGAGACGCAACUGGGCCCGAAGUGAAUCCAGGUCUCUUCAGGAUGCUCAUACCAUUACAUCAGAAGAGAGAGAGACUCCUUCUUCUCCCCUUUGUAGUAGCGAUGUCCAAAGCAUCUCUGCCAUUGAGUCACAUGGCAUAUGUAAGAAGACUCAGAAACCCACUAUUGCUCCUGUAAGUGUUUCAUAUACCAAGUCAGAUAUAGGUAAGAAGAGCCAAGAUGAGGAGAGACCAAGCACUUCCUGGGCGCUGCCCUCAACUAGUUAUUCAUCCUCAGCUCAGAGAGAUGACAUAGCAAUUUCAUUGGUACAGUUCAUCCUGCGAAAGUAUAUCAAGAGUGAGCCAAUAAAAAAGGAAGACAUAUUAAAGCAUGUCAUCCCAGAGAAUAAGGAAAAGUUCCCCGACGUUCUUAAGAAAGCCUCUGAGCUGAUGGUGUUGGCAUUUGGAAUCGAUGUUAAGGAAAUUGACACUAUCAGGCACUGCUAUGCCCUUGUCAGCUUAUUAAAUCCUGCAGGUGAUAAAAUAAUGGAGGGUGAGGCAAUCAUGCCCAAGAGUGGCCUCUUGGUGACAAUCUUGUGUGUGAUCUUCAUGAAAGGCGGCUGUGUUAAUGAAGAGUAUAUCUGGGAAGUGCUUAGUUUGAUGGGGGUAUAUGCUGGAGUUGAUCACUUCGUCUAUGGAAAUGUCAAGAAGCUCAUCACUAAAGAUUUUGUGAAUGAGGGAUACCUGGAGUAUCAGCGGGUACCCUACAGAGGUUCUUCAUGCUACCAAUUCUUGUGGGGUCCCAGGGCCCAAUUUGAAACCGGUAAAAUGAGAGUCCUCGAGUUUCUGGCCAAGAUCCAUAAUACUGUGCCAAGUGCCUUCCCAUCCUUGUAUCAAGAUGCUUUGAGAGACGAGCAAGAGAGAAUCGAAGGCAAAUUUGUAUCUAUGAUUCUUAUUGGUCUCAUACCUGGUUCGUAAUCUAAUGACAAUUGCAGCAGUUUCUCCAACAAUUACUGAAUAUAAUUAUUACUUUGCCUGAGUUGGUAUUGGAGAGAAAAUAAUCCAUAACAUAUUUAUAGCCUUAGAUGAAUAACCUUCAGAUUAGCUUUUCCAAGUUUUCGAACUUCCUUUUAGAACAGUUAAAUUAGCUGCAUCAUGUCAUUAUAUAACUGAUAUGUGCUAAACAGUUAACAUUGUGAUGCUUAAUAGUCAGGUGUUUCAGUAUUGAAAACAAAUUGAGAACAGUUCAUCAUUUUACCUGAAACAUGAAAACAUGACACCAGAAUAAGCAUUUUCUUAUACUAUAAAAAAUCAAUAAAAUAAGUUGCAAGAAAAUGUGAAAAAUGUAUUGGAUGAUGCACUCUUGAUUUUUAUGAUUCCUGAU